CACGCCCAUUUCAUUCUGUUAUUUUAGGCGAGAAAAUGGCAGCUAGAUUGCUUACUAAAGUGUCCUCUACCAGGGUAUCCCUAUGGUCGGUGGUGUCCUGGAGAGCCUUGUCUGUUGGAGCUCCCCUCUGUGCAAAGAGCAAGCCUGAUACUAAGCCUGAUACUGACCCUGUGAAGCAGCUUUUUGUGGACAAAAUCAAGGAGUACCAGAGUGCCAAAGGGAAGAGUGGGAAGGCUCCCGGACUGAGGGCAGAGGACGAGGAGCAGUUGGUGGGAGAGUUGGCACGAUUAAAGAAUAUUUACGGUGAUGGCGACCUCACACAGUUCCCCAAGUUUGACUUCAAAGAGGACAUCAAGAUAGAUUGGAGAUAACUCUACAAGGCUGUAACCAAGGGACUGCUAUAUGAACUGAUCUUAGGCUCGUGUCAGCAUGCCGUUGUGUAUUUAUGUACAACCAAAUCUGUAGCAUUAAUUAGCGUUGUAUUGUUUCAUGUUGAAAAUUUAAUUAUUACACUGAACAGAACAAA